AUGAAGAAGACAUUCGAAUACGAUAAUAAUCUACCAUCAUUGCCGUUGCCAACAUUGGAACAUACACUUGAACGUUAUCUUGAUUCUGUACAAGCGGUUGUUGAUGAGAAUGAUUAUGCUAAAACAAAGGAAAUCGUUGAACAAUUUGCGAAAGGAGUCGGAAGAGAGCUGCACGAGCAAUUGAAAGCCAGAAGCAAGGCACAAAAUGAAAGAAAUUGGUUAGCAAAAUGGUGGGACGAAGAAAUCUACUUGAAAUGGCGUUUACCCAUAGCACCGACUAUAAAUAUGAUAGGUUUCAGUUGUUUGAUACCAUCAAAAGCCGAUUCUCAACUUGAACGAACAUGUGUACACAUGCAUGCAUGUGCUCUUGUUUUUCAAACUAUUCGCGAAGAACGCUACCCGAUAUCAUACAUGGGAAAACAUCCGUUGACGAUGUAUCAAUAUAAGCAUUAUUUUAAUACGUGUCGAAUUCCCCAUCGAGAGUGCGAUCAACUAUCGACGCGCUUUCGGACAGUUUCAGAAGAUGAAAACUUACCACCCACCCACGUCGUGGUCAUCCGUAAUGGUCUCAUAUAUACGUUCGAUCUCUAUCAAUCAGGCGAACUUUUAUCACCACCAGAAAUUCUACAAAGAUUAGAGGACAUUAUGGAACGAAGCGAACACAAGUCGGGACUUGGCUUAGGUGCAUUGACAGCAUUACCACGUGAUGAUUGGGCGGAUGCGCGUGAUCAUCUAUGUCACUUAGAUGAACGGAAUCGAAGAAAUCUACAAACUAUUGAACAAGCAUUAGGUGUUUAUGCAUUUGAUAAUGAGAAUGUGAAAAAUUUAACAGAGGUGGCCGGCAUUGGUAUGUUGAAAAAUCCUCAAUCACGCUGGUUCGAUCGAUCGAUGUUGUAUGUUGUCACUCGCGAUGGUCUUAUUGUGACAAAUAGUGAUCAUUCCGCUCACGAAGGCAUUAUCCCAUUGCAAAUCGGUGACCUUAUCCAACAGCAUAUAGAUUCUCUCGAGCAAAGAACGUCCUGGUCAGUAUCUGCCAUUCCCUAUGAUCAAAGGGCAGUUCAAGAAUUGAUCUUUAUAUACGAUGACUUGAUCACAACUUCUAUUGAUCGUGCAAUCAACCUAUUCAACCGUUCAGCUGCUAAUAUUGAUCUUCUAGUAGUUAAUGUGACCGAAUGUUCAAAAGAUGACAUAAAGCAAUAUGUCCGCAUGCAUCCUGAUACAUUCUUUCAAUUAUGUCUUCAAUUAGCUUAUUUUAAAACGCAUAACUAUAAACCAGCAGCGACGUAUGAAACCGCAUCUACACGAAAAUUUUUUCGUGGUAGAACGGAAACAUUGCGAACAUGCACAUUGGAGGUGCUUGCAUGGUGUCGAGCAAUGACUAAUCAAUACGAUCGAUAUACCGACAAAGAUCGGAGAAAAUUGUUUCAUCUCGCUGCUAAACGUCAUCAGGAACUGAUGAGUGAAGCCUCAGAGAAUCAAGGUUGUGACCGACAUUUAUUUGGUUUAAGUAUGAUCGCAUAUUUGACCGGACAACCUUUUGAACUGAGUAAAGAUCCAUCGUGGACAAAAAGUGGUGGCGGCGGUAAUUUUAUAUUGUCAACGAGUUGUAUUGGUUUCAGUACGACUGCUGGUGGAACAAUGGCCAUGUGUUGGAAUGGUUAUGGCGUUUUCUAUCGAUUUGGCAAAGAGGCAACAACAUUCGUGGUCACAGCUUAUCGAAAUUGUCCGGAGACGAAUGUUCAAAUACUGACGGAUUCAAUCAAACAUACUUUAAUUGAAGUGAAAAAUUCGUUUAUGACAUCUAAUUUAUAG